GUCGGGGCCGCCCUUGGUCCCGCCCUCGCUGACGUACCGCGCGUCACCUGACUCAGCUGCGGGCUGAAAAGACACAAGGGAAGUGGCCGUCGCGGGACCUAGUUCCUCCGACUCCGGACCCCCGCGCCAUGCCUUCCGAGAAGACCUUCAAGCAGCGCCGCAGCUUCGAACAAAGAGUGGAAGAUGUCCGGCUCAUCCGGGAGCAGCACCCCACCAAGAUCCCAGUGAUAAUAGAGCGAUACAAGGGUGAGAAGCAACUGCCCGUCCUGGACAAAACCAAGUUCCUUGUACCGGAUCAUGUGAAUAUGAGUGAGCUCAUCAAGAUAAUUAGAAGGCGCUUACAGCUUAAUGCCAAUCAAGCUUUCUUCCUCCUGGUGAAUGGGCACAGCAUGGUGAGCGUGUCCACUCCCAUCUCUGAAGUGUAUGAGAGUGAGAAGGAUGAAGAUGGCUUUCUGUACAUGGUGUAUGCCUCCCAGGAGACAUUCGGAACAGCACUGGCUGUGUAAGACCAGAACAAUGCCUAAUGUUUGUUAAGCCCUUAUCAAGGAAAAAAGGGAUGUUGCCAGCAGAUGCUGGUCAGCUUACCAUUCACAGAUCAGAACAUAGGCGCCCACCUAGGGUAUUAGGAACUGUUUGUCGCCAAGAAACUGAGCUCCAUGCAAACACAUUCAGCUUGGAAAUUCAUCUAAACUAGGCUCUCUUGUGUUCAAACUUUAGAAGUUUAAAAAUAAAAUACUUUGCAUCCUAA